AGCCUCGCGCCGGGGAAAUUAAUCAGUGCUCAAGUGUAAUUAAGAGAAGAAAUUACCAUAUAGACAAGUGAAGCGAAUUCGUAAAUUGAUUAAACGCAUCAUAUAUAUUCAAAUUAAAGUUUUGGAGUUGAAUAAAAGUUGAAAAUUUUUAUUUUAUUUUGGUUAAAUGUAAAUUUGAAAAAUGUCGCUAAUGAAGAGUAUGAAAAAGGUAGCUGUCAUCGGAGCCGGUGCCGCUGGCCUGGCUUCCGCUCGACAUCUCAUCGCCAACGGCUUCGAAUGCACCGUCUUUGAACUUGCACCGGAACUAGGCGGCACCUGGCUGUACACAGACGAUGUCGGAACCGACAAGUAUGGUUUUCCGGUUUAUUCUGCCAUGUACAAAGGACUAAAAACCAAUCUACCCAAGGAGGUGAUGGGCUUCCCGGAUUUUCCAAUCUCUAGCCAGACGAAAUCGUAUCUAACACAGGCGGAGAUUUUGAUGUUUUUGAAAGAAUAUGCGAAUGAGUUUAAUUUGAGAAAUCACAUCAAGUUUAACCAUCAUGUUAUUGAUGUGGUUCCGUGCGAUAACAAUAGAUGGCGUGUGCAUGCAAUUGACAAACCAACCAAUCAGCGUUUAGAAGAAGUUUUCGACGCUGUAAUGAUAUGCAACGGUCAUUACAAUGAUCCUGUCGUUCCGGAAUUAGAUGGAGACGAAUUAUUUUCAGGACAAAUAAUGCACAGUCAUCAAUAUCGUGAACCGAAAGGAUUCCAGGAUAAACGUGUGCUUGUCGUUGGCGCUGGUCCCAGUGGUUUGGAUCUUGCUUGGCAAAUAUCUCGCGUUGCACAAAACGUCGUAUUGAGUCAUCAUUGUAAAGAGCUGAAGACAAAGUACCCAGAAAACGUAGCGUUGAAGCCCGAUGUGGAGCGUGUUGUGGGCGCGAACCGAAUUCGGUUUAUCGAUGACACCGAAGAUGACUUUGAUGUGAUAUUCUAUUGCACUGGUUAUCGCUACAGCUUCCCGUUUUUGCACAAGGAUUGUCGCAUUGAGAUCGUUGAGAAUCACAUCGCGCCGCUGUAUAAGCACAUGGUGAACAUUGAAAUGCCGACAAUGUGUUUUAUUGGGAUUCCGUUCAAUGUUUGCGCUUUUCAAAUGUUUGACUUACAAGCACGAUUCUUCGUUGCAUCCCUAAACGGUGUUUUUACACUACCUUCCAAAGAACUUAUGUACGCCGAUUUGUACGAUGACUUGCAGCAAAGAGAAAACAAAGGUUACACGAAGCGACAAGCACAUUUAAUGGGACCAGAUCAAUUCGAUUACUAUGAAGAUUUGGCAAAACAAGCGAAAACCACACCGAUUCCUCCAGUUAUUGUAAAACUACGUGAUGAGAGUGUCAAACGUCUCUACGAUGAUCUGAUCAAUUUCCGUGACGAUAACUACAAAAUUCUUAACGAUAAUACUUUUGUUAAAGUCAACUAACAGUUUUAAACAUUAUUUUAUUGUGAAUUAUUUCAUGCCAACGUAUUUUUGUAGAUAGAUAUUUAUAUUAUGUUCUAGUUAUAAGUUUGUAUUAUUCUUUAAUAAAUUUUUAAUAUUGAUAA